CGGGGCGGGGCCUGAGGGCUGCUGGGGGCGGUGCAGCGUCCGGUGGAGGCGUGGUCAGGAGGUCCCGGGGCGGGGGUGCGGCCCUGCCGGGAAGGGGCGGCUGCCGGCCGCCAGGGGGCGCCGCGGGGCAGCGGGGUCGCACGUGGCCCGCCGCCUGGACUCGGCCUCUCCGUGGGAUCGCGGCCCCUCCUCGCCCGCCGCCUUCCGCCGCGGGUACCGCCAUGGCCUCGCUGGGGGACCUGGUGCGCGCCUGGCACCUGGGCGCGCAGGCCGUGGAGCGUGGGGACUGGGCCCGCGCCCUGCGCCUCUUCUCGGACGUUCCGGCGCCGCCCGCCAGGCUGUGCUUCAACGCCGGCUGCGUGCACCUGCUGGCCGGGGACGCCGAGGCCGCGCUGCGGGCAUUUGACCAAGCAGUGACCAAGGACACCUGCAUGGCCGUUGGCUUCUUCCAGCGAGGAGUGGCCAACUUCCAGCUGGCGAGGUUCCAGGAAGCUCUGUCUGACUUCCAGCUGGCCCUGGCGCAGCUGAGGGGCCAUGCGGCCAUCGACUACACACAGCUGGGCCUGCGGUUCAAGCUGCAGGCCUGGGAGGUGCUAUACAAUGUGGCAUCAGCACAGUGCCAGCUAGGGCUCUGGACAGAGGCGGUCAGCAGCCUAAGGGAGGCCAUGUCCAACUGGCCGGAGGGGUCCCUGAAUGGUCUGGAGUCAGCUCUGGACCAAGUGCAGAGACACAGCUUGCUGCCGCUGAGGCAGGUCCCCAGGGGCGAGGUCUUCCGGCCCCACCGGCGGCAUCUGGACCAUCUGGAGCCUGUGGAUUUCCUGGGCAAGGCCAAGGUAAAGGUGGUGUCCUCUGCCGUCCCUGAGGGCCAGCGCUGGGCCGUCCGCUUGCAGCAGCUGCAGGGAGCGGGAGUGAACCGUGAUGCCAGCACCCCCGUCGGGGGCUCCGCAAGAGCUGGCACCCAGCAGGGCGCCCUCCACGCAGAGACAGAGGUCAGUGCUGACAGCGGCACGCUGGCUGCCCACCGAGAGCAGAGGCCCCAGAUGGAGCAAGAUGGCAAACCAGGGGAGGCCACUCCUCUGUCCCCAGGGCUGCCAGCAGCGGGGGUGCCUGGCCCCAGCCCCUCUGAGGACCCAGCAGCUGCUGGGGAAGCAGGUGCGGGGUGCGCUGAGCCGCAGGUGACCGUCACCGUGCAGUGCGCCUUCACCGUGGCCCUGACGGCACGAGCGGGAGCCGACCUGUCCAGCCUGCGGGCACUGCUGAGCCAGGCCCUCCCGCGCCAGGCCCAGCUGGGACAACUCAGUUACCAAGCCCCAGGUGAGGAUGAGCGCUGGGUCCCCAUCCCCGGGGAGGAGUCACUGCAGAGGGCUUGGCUGGACUCGGCUGCCAGCCCCCGGGGGCUGCAGCUGCAGUGCAGGGGAGCCGGGGGCCGGCCGGUCCUCUACCAGGUGGUGGCCCAGCAUGGCUACUCAGCUCAGGGGCCGGAGGACCUGGACUUCAGACAGGGGGCCACGGUGGACGUCCUGUGCGAAGUGGACCAGGCGUGGCUGGAGGGCCACUGUGACGGCCGCGUCGGCAUCUUCCCCAAGUGCUUCGUGGUUCCCGCUCACCCUCGAAUGUCGGGAGCCCCCGGCCACCUGCCCCGGUCCCCGCAGGGAGAUCAGCCCUAGCAAUGCUGUGUCCACCAUGGUUUUAAUAAAAGCAACACCCCACUGCA